AUGAACUUUUUCAAUAAGAGUCCAGAGUUACCUCUUUAUAAGGAUAAACAUUUAACACCGAAGAAAUCUUCUAAGAUAAAAAUGUUAUUCCAAGGUUUCAUUGCCUCAUUGAUAUUGUAUUAUAUCUAUUAUCAUUUUUCCACUCCUGCCACUAGUAAUUGGGAACAAGCUAAAGAUGAAGUAAGAACAGCUUUUCUUGAAUCAUGGCACACUUAUGAAAAAUUUGGUUGGGGAACAGAUGUUUUCCAUCCUAAGAAAGAACAAGGAGAAAAUAUGGGUCCUCAACCUUUAGGUUGGAUGAUUGUGGAUUCAAUUGAUACAUUAAUGAUCAUGAAAUGUGAUGAAGAAGUUGAAAGAGCAAAAGAAUGGAUUCAAAAAGAUUUAGAUUAUUCCUUUGAUUAUAAUGUCAAUGUAUUUGAAACCACCAUCAGAAUGUUAGGAGGUUUAUUAUCAGCAUUCCAUUUAUCUAAUGAAGAUAUGUACCUCGAUAAAGCGGUUGAUUUAGCUAAUGCUUUAUUAGGAGGAUUUGAUUCAGAAACUGGAUUACCUUAUUCUUCAGUUAAUUUAAAGACCGGGACAGGUAUUCCAAAUCAUGUUGAUAAUGGAGCUUCUUCAACUGCAGAAAUAGCUACUUUACAAUUAGAAUUCAAAUAUUUGAGUUUCUUAACAGGUGAAACUAUGUAUUGGGAGAAGGUCGAACGUAUAAUGAAACAUUUAGAACUGAUAACUCCAAGAAAUGGGUUAGUACCUAUUUAUAUCAAACCUGAUACCGGGAAAUAUCAAGGUAAUUUGAUUCGUCUUGGAUCAAGAGGUGAUUCUUAUUAUGAAUAUUUAUUGAAACAAUAUCUUCAAACAGGAGAAUUCGUUUAUUAUGAUAUGUAUAAAGAAUCUUUGGAUGGAGUUAAGAAGUAUAUGACAAAAUAUUCCAAACCUUCCGAUUUAUUGUUUGUUGGAGAAUUAGAACAAGGACUUAGUGGACCUUUAUCUAAUAAAAUGGACCAUUUAGUUUGUUUCUAUGGAGGUUUAGUUUCCUUAGGAGCCACUGGAGGUUUAACCUUAAAAGAAGCCAAAGCUUUACCCUCAUGGAAUGAAGAAAAACAAAAUGAUUUCGAUUAUGGUGAAAAAUUGACUUAUUCUUGUUACAAGAUGUAUAAGGAUACACCAACAGGAUUAUCUCCUGAAAUUGUUGUUUGGAAUACUGAUGGUACUAAAGCUAAAGAUUUCCAUAUCAAACCUCUUGAUAAACAUAAUUUACAACGUCCAGAAACUGUAGAAUCAUUAUUCUACCUUUACAGAUUAACUGGAGAUGAAAAAUGGAGACAAUAUGGAUAUGAAAUUUUUAAGAAUUUUAUCAAGUACAGUAAAUAUGUUAACAGUCAAGGAGAUGUUUCAUAUGUUUCAUUAGAUGAUAUGGUAAGUAUUCCACCUAAACAAAGAGAUAAUGUUGAAAGUUUCUGGUGGGCUGAAACUUUGAAAUAUUUAUAUUUAUUAUUUGAUGAUGAUAAUACCAUCCCAUUGGAUAAAUAUGUAUUCAAUACUGAAGCUCAUCCAUUCCCAAGAUUUGAAAUGGGAGAUUUGUUCAAGACAGGAUUUGUUAGAACCAAACCAUAUUUGAAACCAAGACCUGCAGAUGAUAAACCUAAAGAUAUUAAACAAAUUCCUAAAGCUCAACCUGUAAACAAACCCGUGGAUGAAGAAGCUAAAGAAGAAAUUAAAAAAGAUCCUAGUAUUGUUAAGGAAGAGAAUAAGGAAGAAACCAAACAAAAAUUAAAUGAUAUAUUGAAAGAUCAAUAA